AUGACGACGGGCCGUGUGAAAAACUUAACUUCCUCCUAUGGCGGCCUCCGCCUCUCAGCCGCGCCGACGUCCGCGGCGGCGCGCGGAAGCCGCCGCCCGCCAAGCCCGACUCUGCUCCGCGGCCCCUCCGCCUCCGCCAGCAGCAGCAGCGGGACAAGCGGCGCCGAUCGCGGCGCGUCGGUGCUUAAGGACGCGCUGACAAUCUUCGGGUCGUCUAAGUCGGCGGCUGCGGCGGCGGCAGCGGAGAAGGGCCCGCCGGCGCGGAAAGGGGAGGCCACCGCGGCAGGAGUCGCAACGGGAGUGGCGGCGGGAAUCGCGGCGCAAGGCGUGCCGUUCGACCUGCGGCUGGCCGUGCUGCUGGGCGGAUUCGCGUUUGAGGCGUAUUCGACUCCCACUGGUAGCGAUAAGCUAUCGGACGUGGACGGGCGGCAGUGCUCGGCUCUCUUCACCUCCACACCCUUCUCCCACGAGCUCUUUCAGGGGCAGCUCUCCGUGCGCGCCAUUACAGCCACGGGCAACAUCAAGGCGCUCCAUGCUGAGCUGGCGCUGGUGACGUCAGCGGGGAAGGCAGCCACGUGGAAUGGCGUCGCUCACACCACCGUGAAGGCCCAAGAGUGGGUAUGUGCUCUCUCAGUCGACUCAAAAGUCAAAACUAGACCGCUCUGUCUCCUCUCCUCUCCUCACCGCCCUGCCUGCCAACAGAUCACCUUUCACAGCAAGGAUGAUGAUAACGAUUCCGACGAGGAUGAUUGUGUGGUUGGCACGGCCACCAUUGCUCUCACUGACUUGAUCAAAGACACCCGGAUUCGCGAUGUCGUGGCCAAGGUGACUCGGGACGGCAAGCCGACAGGAAAUGUCACCAUGGAGGUAGGUGUGUGUGGGGAGGGAGGUGUGUUUGGGGAGGUAGGUGUGAGUGGAGUAGGCGGGUGUAAGGGGAGGUGGGCUUGGGAUAGGGUAGGUGUGGGGGAGGUAGGUGUGGUGUGUCUCAGGUGGACUAUGCAAGCUUCUCUGGGCCAAGCGACAGGUAGGGGUGAGAGGGAGAGGGGGGGUGGGGCUGUGAAGGGAGCCAAUAACGUGACGCUCGCCGCCUGGGAAAACCUCUCCCGGGCAGCUGCGGGCGGGCAGCCGGAGUUUUUCAAGUCGGCGUUUGAGAGCGUGUGUUUCCUGAGCAGUGGCGAGUCGGACACUCAGGUGAGUGGGCUUUACGCCGCUUCCUUAUUAAGGUGUCUUCUUAUGUUUCCGGAGCAGUGGCAAGCUUAG